AGAUUUUCCCAUCUUGGUAUGCCAUUACUUCAUCAGACCUGUCCAGCUGUUUGAGGUGCGCAUUGCUCUGUCUAAGGACUGGUAUAAUGAGCUGAACCAUAUCCAAGAAAUUGAUACAUUUAAUCUUUAUCUGUGAGUAUACAAACUGGCCAGUAUGACAGCAACAGCUGCUGUCAGUCCAAGUGAAUAUCUACAGCCAGCUGCCACCUCUGUCCAGGAUACACAGCCUUCUCCUCUGGCUCUUCUUGCAGCUACCUGCAGUAAGAUUGGACCUCCAGCAGUGGAUGCAGCUGUGACACCACCUGUGCCUCCUCGGUCAGCUCGCAAGAGGUUGGUGCCCAUUAAGCCAGCCCCAUUACCCCUGAGUCCAGUCAAAACUGGUAUAGGAUUGCUCUCUGCAAAAGGGAACGUUAUCCAGAUUCAGAGCUCUCAGUUUGGCACAACAGGCACUGGAAAUGGGCAACUUGUAUUUACUAUUCAGAAUCCUGGGGCGAAGUCUGGACGAUUUCAGACUCUGCAGACCCAAAGUCAGACCCUAUCUUCAAAUUUGGGCAACCAGUUCCAAAUAAUUACUGAUGGUACAACAGCCUUGUUUCCACCCACAAUCAGCACUUCAAAACAUGUGCCCAUCAAACCUGCCCCCCCAAAUAAGUCCAACAACCUUAUAAAAUUACUAGGCACUACUAGUAGUGGCCUCACCUUUUCAUUACCUAUCAGCAGCUUAGACUCUUCCACAGAGCCUUGCACCCAAUUGACACUCAAGUCCAGCAAGAAGCUACGCAAGAAACCGUCAUCAACAGUACCAAUACCUGGCUCCCCCACUCAGGAGCAAGUAGAAACAGUAGUAAUAGAGACUACAGCAGAGAAUAUUCUGCAAGCAGGUAACAACCUGCUUAUUGUGCAGAGCCCAGGCAAUAGUCAACAUGCCUUGCUUCAGGUGUUACAGCCCAAAGCAGAAACACAGCUGGUUCAGAUCCCCCAGCAAGCACUGAGAGUUGUUCAGGCUGCUUCUGCUACCUUGCCGGCUGUGCCACAGAAACCAGUGCAGAACACUGAGGUGACGCCCACACAGCUCUUUAUCCGCACACCAUCGGGUGACCUACAAGCUGUUCUGAUGCAAGAGACUCCACCUGCCCCCCAGCAAUGUUCUUCAGUGGCUACAGGGUCGCAGGUAGGACAGCCUGUAACACCAACCAAAAAGAAUCAGAACCGCAAGGAACGAACUCUUCACAAGAUUGCUCCUGUAGGAAGCAUCAUCAACCUUAAUGCUGCACAGCUGGCAGCUGCAGCCCAGGCCAUGCAGACCAUCAGUAUAAAUGGGGUUCCAGUACAAGGUGUUCCCGUCACCAUUACUAACACUGCAGGGCAGGCACAGCUUAGUGUGCAGAAUGUAUCCAACAGCAACAUGACCAUUAGUGGUCUCAGCCCCUCCCAAAUACAGCUUCAGAUGGAGCAAGCCCUGUCUGGGGAGAUACAGCCUGGAGAGAAGAGGAGGAGGGUUGCCUGUACCUGUCCAAACUGCAAAGAUGGAGAGAAGGGGUGGGGCCCCCCUGGCAGGAAGAAGCAUGUGUGCCACAUCCCGGAGUGUGGUAGAAUAUUCCGUAAGACGUCCCUCCUGAGAGCCCAUGUACGUCUUCACGCUGGGGAAAGGCCAUUCGUAUGCAGCUGGGGAUUCUGCACUAAAAGGUUCACCAGAAGUGAUGAACUCCAAAGACAUGCACGCACGCACACAGGUGACAAACGCUUUGAGUGCCCUCAUUGUCAGAAGAGGUUUACAAGGAGCGACCAUGUCACCAAGCACUUCAAGACGCACCUUGUCUCCAAGAAGCUAUGAGCAGAAAGAGACUCCAGACCCAGUGGACAUUUAGAAUAACAUGUUCCCUAUGGGGACUCAAGCCCAAAAUACAGGGAGGUCCAUGGCUCCCUUGGUGACACUGUUUAUAGAGGGACACCAAAAUUCCUAAACCAUUCUGAUUUACCCUCGUGAUGCUGGUGUGUGGGCUCUGCAUGUUGCAGACUGUGCUUGGUAGGCAAUGUAAGGCCCUAGUCUGCAGUAAGGUGUCUCAUGAGAGUAAGCAUAUCCAUUACCUCCUGCUUUAGUAUGAUGGAGUUGUCCUACAGUCAAGACUCCCUGUAUCAUGCAAAAUCGAAGAGA